UCCAAUUUUGCUUCUAGACCGCGCAGCUGAUAAAAUCAAAAUGGUUCAGUCCCGAAGCCGUAGUCGAAGUCCGCCGCGCAGUUACCGCAAGAACAACAGCAGCGAUGAAGGUCGCCACCGAGAGCAUCGCCAUCGCAGCCGUACGACGCAUGGUCACCGUUCGUUCCGGCACCGUCGUCAUCACUACCGUAGCGUUAGCAGCACUGCCAGCGAAACAUCGGCCUGUUCAUCCUGCCGGUCCACUCCGGAACGUUCCAACCGGCCGGUGGAUCCCCCGAAGAGUAAGUGCCUCGGUGUGUUCGGCCUAAGCAGCUACACCAACGAAACCAGCCUGAUGGACGUUUUCGCACCGUACGGAACCAUUGACAAGGCGAUGAUUGUCUACGAUGCCAAGACGAAGGUUUCCCGAGGGUUCGGAUUCGUGUACUUCCAGGAGCAGAGUGCGGCCACCGAAGCCAAAAUGCAGUGUAAUGGAAUGAUGCUGCAUGAGCGCACGAUUAGAGUGGAUUAUUCGGUGACCGAAAGACCGCAUACGCCCACGCCCGGUGUCUACAUGGGAGCUAGAAGCACUGAGAAACGGAAGCACCGCAGUUCCUAUAGCUACAGGGGACGGAGCUAUGAUGACGAUUACCAUCAUCGGCGGUCAAGACGCAGCAGAUCUCGUUCCUGUCAUCAUCACCGUAGAUCUAGUCAUCGCCAUCACCAUCGACGUGACCGUGCUCGUGAUCGUUCUCCAUCUUAUUCCUCAGUUGACUCACGUCGAUCCUAUCGAUAAUGUGCUAGAAGGAUUGUGUUUUUGACGAUGUUUGGAUUUCUUCACAUUUUAGAGAACUAGUUUUCAUUAUUCCGCGAUUCAAACUAAACAUUUUAUUUAUUUAUUAGUUAAAGAUCGUGUGGUUUAUGAAAUGUCGUUUGUGCAACAAUAAACAAAAAUAAAGAAACCGACUGCAUCGCAAUUGAUUCAGUCAUUCAAAGAUCAAAAA